CAGUCAUUCCAUUCAUCAAUCAUCUCUCGACUCUCAGUUCAGUUCGCGGUCGGCUGUGCGCAGGAGCAGUUCUGAGAUUAUUUUUAAAUCACGUAUCGGGCUACUUAAAGGAACAAAAAGUAAAGUGCUUCCUCGUCUAAUUUAGUAUUAACGAGAUGGCGCUUGGCUGGAGAAUAUGUGGCUUUGCUACCUUCCUGCUGCUCCUGUCGUGUUCAAGCACCGAAUCUCGUAAUGUGACAACUCAAGAUAUUCGCGACGCCAUUUUAUCGCUUGUCAACAUGUUCCGACAAACGGAUGACAAAUUAGAGAGACACGAGCAACGGGAGAGAGGACUAGGUGAAAUACUCAAGAAGUAUUUGGCCUCGAUUGACAAGAAACAAAAGGCCUUAGAGCCGCUCAAAGGAAUUGUGUCCCGCAUUGACGAGAGAUUAUCCAACGUUGAGAACGUCUUUCUACAGAAAGAAGAAAAAGAGAAAGUGACUGAGAUGAAAACAAACGAAGUUCUACAAGAUAUAUACAAGUCAUUGAAAUACUUAACCGAUACAGUUAAUAGGAAUUUAAAUAAUGCGCCAGCAGUAGUAGAAAGAAACCUGACUACAGAAGAAGACCGUAUGGGUAAACGUUUAGAUGCUACAGAUGCUAAACUGAAUGACUUAAAAGAAGAAAUCGUUAACCUAAGAAAUAGCUUUAAUAAGGACACCCUUCGAGCAGUGUGUUUAGAUAUGGUGACAGAUAUGAACCCAUUCGAGAGGCACAUAUCGGAAACAGAGAAACUCCUGAACAAGUAUCAAUUGAAAUUGAACGAGUUUAAUGAAUCUGCUACCAAAGUUCAGACGGACUUUGUGCCUCUCAGCGAAGUGUCGCUUGCUGAUGAGGCUUGGCAUAACAAAAUGACUGAAGUUAUGGAGCGUCAAGAGAAAGAAAUACAAAAUAUCCAGAAACUUCUGUCGGAUGCCGAGGGUAUGUGGAAGGACUUGCCUCGGCUUGCAGACCUGAAGCGGGAAACCAACUACACGUUAGAAGCGAUUGCCAACGUUCGCAACAACUCUACUUCCAACCAAGAGAAGACUGUUUCAAGGAUGUCAACGAAAUUGCACGAAUUGAGUGACAGUCUCGUCACAACGUAUCAGGAAAUUCAACAACAUCUGACUCAGGGCAAGGCGAUGAGUGAAAGAGCUUACAACGACAUACAGAGAAGUUACGACAAUCUAAGGAAUGAGAUCCAGACACUUUCGAAGAAUGAGCAUGUGAUGCUGCAGACAUCCGACGAAGUGGUUGCAUUAAAAAAACGAAUCGAAUAUGGUAUUAACAGGAUCCUUAUAGAAGUUGGAGAAGUCAUUAGGACGCAGGGAAGAACUCUUAAUACGACGAUGCUAGAUCGGCUCAACACAGUCGAGGGUGCUAUCUUGGACAACCAUUCGUUAGCAUUGACAAACCUUUCGCGCUCGAUGGAGGCGGAAAUGUCAAAAGUCUGGAGACAAAUUGGAAUUAUGCAUCAGCAACUCAGCGCCAGCAAGAACGCGCUUGACAAGCUCAAUGGACAAACAGAGCAAUAUGUUAAUGGAAGCGUUUUGAAGAUGGAUGGAAUAAAUGAAAAGGUUGGACUUAUAACGACACGAAUGAACGAAGUGGAUGAAAACCUGAAUUAUUUGUUGGGACGUCUGUCGCUCGUGACGCAAGAGUUUGGCAUGAUCAAGACGGGAUUGGGCGAAGCUUUGAACAAAAUUAAUGCGGGACUCCAAGAAGUGCAAAUCAAAAAACAACCCACUGAGUCCAGUGAUGGUAAUGAGACCAACAACACUAUAAAUGAAAUUGAAGAAAGUCCAAAACCAAAAGUUUUAAGCGUGGAGUAAUUUGAAUGAAAUUUUUUAGCCUUAGGUUUUAAGUUACAAUCAUAAUAUUUACCUACCUAAUAUAAAUAACACGUAAUUCUUAAUAAAUAAUAUAAUAAAAUGCAA